AUCAGAAUUGGUAUCCAUAUAUAUAAUAAAACACAUAUUAUAUGUGAAUCACCCUCUCCAUAAAACAACUCUACAAAUAGCAAAACCAUAUAUAGUGGAAACAUAACAAAGCAUUUCUCAUUUCCAAAACAAAAAGUGUUAGUAUUUGGUAUAUAUGAUCGAUCUCCUUCUGACAAUUCAACCCCACACAUUGUUGACAUUUACCCCAUAAAAUCUAUAAACACAAAAAUUCAAAAGACAAACCCUUUAAAAACCCCUUUUCUCCUCUUCUCAUUACACAAACUCAAAGCAAGAACGACAACAACGCCUUAUAUAAUAGAUACGCUCCAAACCAGAAAACUUUCAUGCUCGACCACUGUUUCUCUCAUGGCUUCCACUUCUAACAACACCGGCACCACGCACCAUAGCUCAGCCACCUAUGGAUCUGAUCCAACCUCACCUAACACUACCUUUGUCCAAGCAGACCCAUCAACAUUCCGCACCAUAGUUCAGAAACUCACAGGAGCACCCGACGACCCAUCCACGCAAAAGCUCCCACUGACCCACCCAAACCGACCAAACGCCAUUCCAGGUCCUAAAAGACCUGCAUUCAAGCUUCAAGAAAGGAGGCAAAGCGCCAAGAAUCUUCAAAUCAACCUCAGCAACUACCCCGACAACAUCAAUAACUUCGAACUUCAUGAUCAUCAUCCUCAUCAGCAGCUUUUCCAGUUAAGGCAGCAACAGCGAGGUUUCUUGGUGUCGCCCGUGUCGACUUUGGAUUUCUUUGCUGUUUCUUCUUCUCGCGUGAGUCCUAGAUCACCUUGUGAAGAAUUCUGCGCUCGUGGGAGUCCAAGAGAAACUGAAUGCGACGAAGAGAGAGCUAUUGCUGAAAAAGGGUUUUAUUUGCAUCCAAGUCCUUUAAGUACUCCUAGAGGAGCUGAGCCUCCUGAAUUGUUGCCUUUGUUCCCCUUGUGUUCCCCUAGAGAGGUUAAAGAUGAGGAGGAUCAUCAAGCUAAUGUUAAUGAUUGUAAUUCUUGUUAUUGAAUUAAUAGGCAUUUUUUUUAAAGUACUAAUCUAGUAGAUGAGGCUAAUUUUGAUA